AUGGACCAGGAACGAAAGAUAACCAAGAACCUGGUGAAGCUGCCGAUUGAGGAGAAGGAACGUUUCUUCGACUCAUUCGACAUGGUCCAAACCGACUGUGAUGGUGUGCUGUGGCUUUUGUCAGACCCGUUCGAGGGCGUUGAACGAUCGAUUCGUGCAUUGCGAACCAACGGCAAGCGGGUGGUGUUUGUGUCGAACAAUAGUGUCCGCACGAUGGCGGACUACCGGGCCAAGCUGGAGAAGCUAACUGACCACACGCUAGACGACGAGGACGUGAUUCAUCCGGCCAAAGUCGUUAUUCAGUAUUUGCGUGCGAGAAAAUUUGAUGAUGCCCUGUGCUACGUCAUCGGUAGCACCAACUUCAAGAACUGCCUCAGGGAAGCCGGCAUUCAACUGCUCGAUGGUCCUGAUGAACCGUUGCCGGAAUCGAUAAGAGCAGUGACAGCAGCUAUUAACGAUAGGCAACCGGUAAAAGCGGUAAUAGUGGACUUUGACUACAACAUGAACAACAUCAAACUGCUCCGUGCUCAGCUGUACCUGCAGCAUGACGCCUUGUUCAUAGCGGGCGCGAUGGACACGGUCCUGCCGCUCGGUCCACGGAUGCGUCUCAUCGGUCCAGGGUGUUACGUGGAAGUGCUGCAAAAGCUAGCUGACCGUAAGCCGAUUGUGCUCGGCAAACCGGGGCGCGAGAUGAGCAACAUGGUGAAACAGAUGUACGCGAUCGAUAAUCCACGCCGGGUGCUGUUCGUGGGUGAUCAGCCCGAGCUGGAUGUUCAGUUUGGACACAUCUCCAACUACCAAACGUUGCUGGUCGGUACCGGGGGCGUCAAGGAGGAUGAUUUGCAGAGGUUGGCAGAGAGGCCCGAAUUGGUUCCCGACUACUACAUUGACUCGUUCGCCGGUUUGGAGCAGGUCGUGCGUGACGUCAUGGUGUACAAGGCGCGCAAUGGAGAAAAAUCUGGCCCCUAG